CUUGAAGGAACAGAGGGCUCAGAUUAGGCAGCAGUGAUUUUUUUUUUUUAAGUUAACACCAGGUUUAAAAAGGCAACCACACAUUGUGAGUGGAGAUGGCGGAUUAUAUUAAUGAUGAGUAUGUGAGAAACUCAAGACACACACAAAGACAGAGACCAAAUGGAGACACCAUUCAAACAGAGAGAAGACUCUGUAAACUGGUCUACUUCAGCUUUGGCCCACUGUGCCUUCUACAAGCCAUUCUUAAUAUUUCUUUGCGCCUCACAGAACCAACCUACUGUGGCAGCAACAACUUCACUAGUGAGCUACACCGGCUUCAAAACAGGGUCAGUGAACUCACCACUGAGCUAAAGAAUGUGGAGAAAAUAAAAGACUUGACAGGACCAGAGCCAGGUGGUUGCGUAGUCUCACGCAAGUGUCCUACAGGGUGGACACGCAUCAGAAACCAAUGUUACUUCAUCUCCACUCAGUCAAAGCCGUGGACGGAGAGUAGAGCUGACUGCCUCAGCAAAGGAGCUGACCUCGUGGUGAUCAACAACCAGCGCAAACAGGUAGACUUGUAUCAACUAGAGAAUUUAAAUGAUGCAUUCUGGAUUGGACUGUUUUAUGAAGAGACUUCUGGAAUCUUCAAAUGGGUGGAUGGAACUGCUCUGAACACUUCAUAUUGGCAGCAGGGCCAACCAGAUCGGGGCCGUUUCCUGAAAGUGGAGAACUGCAUUGAGAUUUUUAAGCCCUUCCAUAUCCUGUCCAACUGGAAUGACCUCAACUGUAACGUAAGGCGGCACUGGAUAUGUGAGAAGGAUGCAGGCAGUGCAACGCCUACAUAGCUGGAAGAAGUGUUUCAAAUUGCUUUAUAUUAACAUAAAUAAAUAAAGUAUUUGUGCAGCAAUA